UCAAUUAUCAGCUAAGAGGAAAAAAUCCUAAUGAAGUCUAAUGAAAUUUUAUAUCAAAGGUUUAUACCAAACUGAGCAACCCACUGCCUUGACGUCACUGUUAUCAACGAUGAGGAUGGCAAAGAAGAUGACGGGGGCUUGAGGAUGUUUGUUGACCUGUGCGGUGGGUUUUGUAUUCUCCUCCCCAACCCAAUGCUCACGUGGAAAUUGAGGGCUAUAUUUGGAGAAGUGUGAUGUCAUAAGUGGUUUGCAGGAGAAACCUAUAACAGGCUUAGAAAAAAACAGUGACAGCACCAGUAACUCCUGCUGCAGCUCUCACCUGCACCUAAACUAGAAAAGAAUCCUGCCAUGUAUCAUCUAAAACUGCCUGCCCUGCUUCUUCUGCUACUUAUGCUGCUGCAGUGUGUGACUAUGGCACCAAAAAACAGGUUUUCCAUCUCCUCCACUGAACAGGGGGAUGAAUCCCUAGAUGAGAAAAGAUGGGCGGACUCGGGCUUGCUGAUGAACCCUUUCCUCCAACUGGCCGGGUUGCGACCAGAGAGGGGACUCAACACAGCCAAUGGCCUGCAGCACCACAUAGAGAAGAGAAGAUGCAACACGGCCACAUGUAUGACCCAGAGGCUGGCUGACUUCCUCAUUCGCUCUAGUAACACCGUUGGUACUGUUUACAUCCCCACUAACAUAGGCGCGAACACCUAUGGCAAGAGAGACAUGUUCCAUUCACCCCACUGACUGCCUCUUUAAUCUCCUCUUGUGUAUAUGUACAAACAAAGACCCACUGUAACAAAACUGUCCAUGAUGAUGAUGGUUAUGAUGAUGAUGCUGCUGCUAAUGAUGACAGCGACUCAUUUGAGUGAAAUUUUACUUGAGAUUUAUUUUCCCUGUCUGUGCCUUUUGUUAAUGAAAUA